UAAGAGCCCGCUCUGCACGACGCGUCUUUGUUCGCGUCUUCCCAGCCGAACCGCCAAACGCUACCCGUCCUAUCUCUACUAAUGUCAACGCGCCAGAAGUCCUUCUUCGACCAGGAUUCGAAUUCGAAGCCAAAGCAAUAUAGAGGCCAAUGGCACCGUCCACGCAACGGUCCACCGUUUCCCCACCACAAUAACCAGUCUGCCCCUCCAGCGCGGCACGUCGUUACUGGCCCUCCCAUCAUGCCAUCGACCCAGACUCGGACAAAGCUCAAAGCUUUUCAGUUCAUCGAAGGCGCGCCUGCCGUCGACGCUGUGAGGGAACGCGAGGCGGACAAAGAGAAUCUACGCACUGCAUUGGAGAAAGCAUCCAAGUCGAAAGAGACACCAAAGGCAGCCAGAGUCGUGCAACAUAUCGGAAACACGAACAAGACCCCGAACCCCCCCACGAUUGCGACCUGCCCACCUCCGUCGACACCAGCCACUACAAGGCUACCGCUGGCGGACCUGGUUGGCAAUGUGGACGAUUCAUCCAGACACGUACCGAAGCCCGUCGUGUCCCCAGAGGAGCAGUUGAUCUGGAGGGGGUCGCAACCAGUCAACACACCUGUGCCACGGAAGAACAAAAAGCGCGCCCGAAGUUCCUCGCCCGCAGCGCCAUCGCAAGAGGAGCACAAGUUCGACUCGCUCAAGAAGGACAUCACAACACCACAAGCAGACCCGGCUAUGGAACUAUGGAGUCGAUACACGAGCAACAAGGGAACACCAAGCGCCAACAAGAGUGUUGCCUUUGCACAUCUCAUCAACGAAUCAUCGCCUCGCUCCGCUGCUGCUGCCGGGAGUGUUAGCGGGCUUCGACGCUGGGCUAGCUGCGGUGUCGAGUUUCCUGCAUCCAACCGGAAGAAACGGAGAACGCAUGGCGUGUUUCAAGGCGACAAAGAACAUACCGAGGACGUGUUUGCGGCUGCUCCCAGCUCGGAUGGCAUGAUGCUCGGACAGCCAGCGAAGCCAAACCUCGCCAACAUGGUCCAGCGGAUGAGAGAAUGCGUGUCCAAGUCACAAUCCAGGACAUCAUCACAGCUUCCGUCGAGCUCAUCUCCGUUGCCUGAAGCUGGAGAUCGCCAAGCGCCCUCAUCAGGUUCUCCUCUACAAAGACACGCACGAGAACAGGAUAUGGAAUUCUCGGAUAUUCUAGAGGACGAGCAAACUGCCGUAGCGGACGAACAUAUGAUUGACGAGGGACUACAGAGGGCUUCGGGCUCUUCGGAUGAAUUCGGCGAUGACGAUUUCGACUCAGAGAUGGUAGAAGCCCUAGACCUAACGCCUCAGGAAGUCGAGCAACACGCGCUGAUAACGAGUUAUGUCACUAUACCCACUGAACCCAUAUAUCCACCCCCGCAGCCACCGCCACCAGAGAUGAGUACGGCAAAAGAAGCAGGUAGUGAUGAUGAGUUUGGGAUGGACGACGAAGAUGAUUUUGCUGCCGAUUUAGAGCACGUGGCAUCUCUGUACGACACGAGAGACGUAGAUUCUCCGUCUGGGGACCAGACACGGGCAGUAGAGACUGAAAACAUAGCUACGAGCAACGCGGCACCAGCACCUACCAUCGAUCUCAUAGACGACGAUUCGGACGACUUUGGUGAAGAUAUAGAUGCUGAUGAGUUCACUGCAGCUGAGGUGGCCGCCACACAAGCCCCAGCAACUACUUCAACAGGAUACUAGAGCGAUUCAGCGUUAUCUCAUCAAGCGAGUAGAUGAGGGCUCAUACACGACUGGGCAAGGCUACCAAAUGACUGAGAAGGUGGGAAUAUGAGAUCCUCAUGUUUGUCGCUGUACAAUGAGCUGACAUGAUAUAGGUCUUGUUAG